CAAAUCCUUCCCAUACCAAUCAAAGCUCUACUUGCGGCUCUCUACAUUGACAUAUUCUUUUGUAGGCAAUGAUAGACUUCGCUAUGACUUCAUAUCGUCAACGCCUCAUUCCUCUUGACGUUGAGAUUCAAUUGUAGAAGCUCUAGAGGAAGUAUCACCAAUGGAAAUUAAGUGUCACCACGAAGGCAUAGACGAGAUCUACAAUUAUAGAGCUGAGUAGUAAAAGAUGAAGAUCAUUGUUUUCACGAUCGUCAUCGUGAUUCUAAAGAUGGAAUAUAGGAGAUAGAAAUGUGUAUAAAUAAAGGGGUCUUUUUCUUGCCAUCAGUCUGUAUCAUUCCUCGACAUCAGAACACCACACCACAAAGAAAUAUAUUCUGAACAACACUAUUCUAAACAACACUAUUAUAAACAACACUAUUCUAAACAACACUACCUAAAUCUUUUACAAUGUCAACAACCAAAUCCGCCAGCCUCGUCGGCCUCGCAACUCUUCUACUCCAAGUCAGCGCCUACAAGCUGACCGCCUACACGGAGAAGGGAUGCACAGGUGACGUCCAGCAGACCAUCGAGGACACCAAAUACGGUGACUACUGCCAAUACUUCGACGACAAGGCCGUGUCAGUCAAGGUAGAGGACUCUAGCGAAGACUAUCAAUGGAUUUUCUUCAACAACUGGUGCAGCAAAGACGCCCAAGUCGGUUCAUUCGUUGGAGAUGGUUGCAUGACCAUGGGCAAGACGAAAAUAAAGGGUGUGAACAACAUCCUACCCGAAGGUUCCCCAAGCAAGCGAGCUUCUGCCGGCACUGUAACAACUUGGAAGAACACGGACUGCUCUGGUAGCUCAGUCAAUCAAAUGCGAUUCAUCGGUGAAAACCUUCCUGUCACCCUAAAUGACGUCUCAUCUAUCAAGGUGAACGAUGUCCCCGAUGCCGACAUUGCUUUCGCUUGCAGCGACUCCGACUGCCAUGUUGAGAACCAAGUUGCAACUCUUGAAAACGGCAAGUGUGUCAACGUCGAAGGCAAGAAAGUCACGUCUGCCAUGGCCAUCGGAGUGCCUACUCCCCCUGGCAGCCGCGAUGUAUUACCCAAGCGCCGUUACACACGCAGCCUUAUGCUAGAAGCGCGAGAACGAGACUCUCUGGAGAUCCGCGCCGACGGCAUCGAGUGCGACGCUAACGACGGACCUGACUACAAAGAUGCUCUUAAGGUUGGCGACGACUGGCAAGGAGACAACGGGCUAUCGUGCUGCUGCCAUGUCCCUGGCGGUCCUACCUCGAAGUCUUCCGGCUCGGCUAAAGCCUCCUUCAGCGAGAACUUCCAGUGCCCCGCUGACCCCUCCGGCAUGCCGCCGCCACCCACCACUUGCCCCAUGAACUGCAACACGCUGAGGAGCUACGUCUACGCUAUCGCGACUAAGUGCAAGACAGAUGAUGGCAAGACCGGCGGCACAUACAAGCUCACUGGUGAUCGCGAGAUCAAGGUGACCCACAGCUAAAUGAUGAUGUACCAGAUGAUGUGAACGAUUUCAGCUACGACAGUGAUGGAUAUUUUAUAACCAGAUACGCCUUAUCUCAUCACUGUUCAACGCAGAGGUGCCUUUGUACUAUUAUUCGUGUUUUAUAUCUGUACCAUUAUGUACCUACUCUAUAUAUCCUCUAAAUUGAUAC